AUGACAACCUUACCUGUAUAUUUAAGAAAAAAAAUAUUAUUUUUUCUGUGCGACUAUAUAAAUUUUUCAUUAGAAUACACAGAUUCAAAUCAAACUAGAGAAGAGUUAUUACAGAAAAGGGUUAAUAAAUUAUCACUAUCAUUAGCACUUGUUUGCAAGGAAUGGUUUGAUAUAAUACAGCAUAAUAUAUCAGUAUCAGAGGGUUUUCAAUAUAAAUAUAAUUAUGUAGAUUAUAACUAUCCACUUUCAAAAUAUUUAUUCAAAGAAAUUAAUAAUAAUAAUACAGAAAAUAAUAAUAAUAAAAUAAACUAUUCAAUUAUAAAAUCAGAAAACAUUAAAAUAUUAAAAAUAACUUAUAAUAGUUUAACUGGAUCAGUUCAUUGUAAAGAAAAAACUAUAUACCCAGACGUUAUUGGUAGAGAAAUAAUAAAGAGUUUACCAAAUUUAGAGAAAUUAAUAAUAAAAAGCAUUUCUGGGUUAUUCAUGCAGUGGUCAAACUUAUUUUUUAUAAAUCAAUUAAAAAUAAAUAAAUUAUUAAAUAUAAAUAAUAGUAAUAAUAAUAUUGAUAACAGUAACAAUAAUAUAAAUAAUAAUAAUAAUAAAAUAGAAAUAAUAAUCCAUAAUAAUGAAAUUACCUCAAACACUAAAAAUGAAAAUAUAAAUUCUUUAAAUUCAAAAACUAAUAAUGUCCUAUCGCUAACUAUAAGACCUAGGUCAGAAGAGUCGGUUGUGGUACAUUCUAUAAAGGUAUGGUUUCACAGUUUAAAGGGUCUAAAGCUUGAUGAAGAUACCCAAUUUCCUUUCAGAGAACUAAGUGGUUUUAAUCAAGAUGAUUACGAAACAAACCAACUAAAUUUAGAGUAUCAUCAAUAUUUACCAAGAAAACAAUCAGAGCAUUAUCAAUCGGAAGGAAUCAACUAUUUAAGAAAAAUUGAAGAAUAUAUUUUACCAUUUUCAUAUACAUCAAUUCAAGAUAUUUACUAUUCUUUAAAUUCAUCGACCAAUAUCAAGAGUUUUGAAAUAUCGAUCUGCUUUGAUCAACUUGUGUAUUUUUUAUCGAAUAACAGCGAAAGAAAGUCUUUAUGGUUAAAAAGUUGCCAUUGUAACUCCUUAAUCCAUUGUGAAAGAAUCGGAGAUAGCAAUAUUUCUCAAUCCAUCUUUAACCACUACUGGUCCUCAAUUUGCAGUUUAUUAACAGAAAAAAAUCAAUUAAAAAACUUAACAAUUUCAAACUCUAAUAAAUGCUGCUAUAAUAGAAAUCUUUUUUCACAAUCUUUUUUGGAAUCUUUCAGUUUAAUGGUUUCAAAUAUUCAAAAUCUAGAAAAUCUUAUAAUUUACAAUUGUAUUGAUCCAAUAUUAUCAGAAUGUAUUUUAAAAUAUAACUAUAAUAACCCUUUAAAUAUUAUUUUCGAGUUAAAUCAAUCUGCCCUGCAGAAUUAUGAAAAAACUAUCGAACAAGUGAAAUUAAUAAUAAGUAAUAAUAAAAAUAAAAUAAAUAGCUUCAGACUUUGGGCCUUCCAAUUAUUUCAAAAUCCAGAAACACUAUUAUCUUUUAGUAAUAAUGAAUUUUCAUUUAUAAAAAAAAAACCUGACCACCAACCAAUAAACUCGGUAUUCCUAUCACCCACAAAUGCAACAACAUCCUUUUUGAAUUCUUUAAGGUUAAUAUCUGCUGCUAAAUCGGAAAAUGUAGACAAUAGUACCACAAACCAAAGCAAUAAUACAAAACAAAAUAAAAAAAAAAAUUUCUUCAAAAAAUUUUUCUAA